AAUAUAACUUUACCUGGGAAUCAGCGGUGGUCAUUUCAAAACACAGAGGGUACCAAAAACAUGCAUAUACAUUUUAAGAAAGGAAAAACUAUUGAAUUUGUAAUACUCAAGUCAUGUUUGACUUCUGCAACUAUAAGAGGUGCUCAACGUGACUGGUAUUCAUCUUUAGUUAUUGGUAUAUAUUGAAUAUUAAAAAUUUAAUACAGUUUUUUCGUUCUUAAAUAUGUAUACUUUUUUCUGCACCCUCUGUAUUUACCUCCUCGGUCAGCCCCUAACAGUUAAGGAGGCCAGGAGGACUUCCUCGAGAAGGUAGACCUUGGAUGGGAGCUCCUGGGUGGGCUGGGUAGGAGCUAGACAGUCUAUUGGAGUCAGCAUUCCUGCUCUGGGCCUCCCCAGGAGCAGGAGGUGCUGGGGCAGUCUGAGCGCAGGGAGGUGGGGGUGCUUGAGCUUCUAAUAGCAAGUGUCAGCCCUCGCCCUACACAGCCAGUCGGUGGGGGCAGGGGAGGCUGGGAACCCAGCCAGACUCAGGCCCCUGGGUGGAUCCAAAACAAGGUGCUGGUGGGCCAGGAGUCCUAGCCCAGGGCAAGGGUUGGUGGAAUCCAAACAGAGAAGGGCCUGAGCCCCUCCUUGGCACACACGUAGCAAGUAAAAGGUGGGUCCCUCCCGCCAAUUGUUGAAGUAAAUGAAUGACAUUUCAAUUUUUUUUUUUUUUUUUUUUUUGAGAAAGAAUCUCACUUUGUCUCCCUUGGUAGAGUGCCAUGGCGUCAGCUCACAGCAACCUCAAACUCUUGGGCUCAAGUGAUUCUCUUGCCUCAGCCUCCUAAGUAGCUGGGACUACAGGCGCCCACCAAAACACCCUGCUAUUUUUACAGACGGGGUCUCGCUCUGGUUCAGGCUGGUCUCAAACCUGUGAGCUCAGGCAAUCCACCUGCCUUGGCCUUUCAGAGUGCUAAGAUUACAGGCGUGAGCCACUGAGCCCAGCCUUCGAUUUUAAAUUGCACAGACAAUAAUUUUAAAGCUCCAUAGGGUACUGGUAGUGUAGGGAUGGAGCAUAUUCCUAGCCCAUUGCACCCAGAGUUUAGUACCAGGGUCAGCGCCUCACUACCAAGCCGGGUUCACUCAGCUCACUCCUGUCUCCAACUCAGCUCUGCCUUUUCUGAGCACAAGGAUGACACUCACCAUUUCCCUAUCCUAGUGUGUGUGGUCUGGACAUACAUGGUGGGAUAUAUGGGCUAUGUCUGUCCUUACAGAUGUGUGGCAGCCCCAGCCUGAGAGAUAGGUACCCACAGCCCAAGGUGUCAGCUGCCACAAAGGCCCCUGAGUUCCCAGAAAUGCAGAGAGUCGGGCACUUUCCUCAGCAUGGAAGGAGCUGGGACCACUCUGGGAGUGGCCUCAAGGGCCACUAGGAGGGACUCAGGAGCCGCAAGAGCCCAGGCCACCCAGGGUCCCUCCUUGACAGUUCAGAUUUCAUAAGAGGAAUGACAACACUCCAAUGGGCAAACAAUUCAAUUACACAUUCAGGUGUGGGAGCCUAUGGGAUGGCGGAGAAUAGCAAGGGAAGGGCCCAGGGUCUGACAGCACAUGUCCAGCUGGGCUUUCCCAGGGGCAGCCCAGAGGCCAGGCUGUGUUAUCCCAGAGCAGGACAGGAGGGCCCACUGGACCACACUGGCAGCUUUAGCACCUCAGACCUGGUGUUCCAACAGCAAGCUACAAUUUUGCUAAAUCUGAGCCUGACUUGUACUAUUAUUUAUUUAAUGGUUUUCUUUAAUGAGGUUCAUAUUUUUCUUGAAUAAAUGUAUAAAGAAGAUGCAUAUUAGUACUGCUGAGGGAAAUUGCUACUGCUGUGGUCUAGACCCAGAGUGGCAAGAUGUGCGGUGCCUGGUUCAGACAUGAUUGCAGAGUGAAGAAAGCUCAGUGGCCUCGUGGUGAUCAUGUUGCCCCUGAGGAGGAGGGUAGAAAGCAGACUCUAGCCUCUACAGGGCAGUGGUCCCUGCUGACAAGCCACUGACAGCCCAGGCCUGGCCCCUCCCAGGCCACUCUAGCUUCCUCAAUGCCCCAUCCUCCUGCCAGGUGCCACAGACCUUCUGCAGAGCCACAGAGCUCUGUGGACCACCAUCCACCCUGCACAGCUGCCUGGCUCCACAGCGUCUCUGAUGCAGGCUCUGCCACCCUCUUGUCUGGCUGGCACUCAGUUGGCUCUGCAGGAGCAUCACUGAGAGUGGCCCCACCCGCUCCCAGGAGUGGGGCACACAGGCUGGCGAGGCAUGGAGGACCUCAGGAUCCUCAUCUGCUGUCCCUGAGCAGGGCUGUGGCAGGACUGUCUCAGGAACCCCUGUUCACCUCCAGCUAUUUCUAGACACUUCUGAUCUUCUCCUAAGCAAGAGGGGUCACUUCACAUACCUCACUCGCCCAUGUGAAGUGCCCAGUGGGGCUGUGAUGAGGAUUCUGUCCUGGUCACGUGCACACUGGUGGGACUUGGGUCGCCUUGGCCACAGGAGCACUGGGGCUAGCUGCCCCUUCCUCCUUGGAGCUGGGACUGCUCAGAGAGUGGAUCCCCGCACUGCUUAGAGGUCAUCUGCCCCAGAAGCAGCAAAGAGACCCUCCCUUUUACCACUCACCUGGUAAAUGUUGCUGGGGAUGGAACCAAAUGAGAACAGCCAGGACUGAUGUCACAGGUCUGGACGGGGCCUGGGGAGCUCCAUGGCAGGGAUAUGUGGGCAAGAGGUCUUAGGUCUCAGGAGGAGGUCACUUUCCCACACGACUAGAGGGUGUGGGUGGGGCUGCAGGGGCAGGCCAGGCUCUGCUCUGCUCUGCCCCUCACUCCACAAAGCAGCAUACACCCAGAGUCGAGUCUGAAGCAGCUUCAGCCUACAAAUCAUAACUCUGUGCCUCAGUUUCCACACAUGUAAAUCAGAGAUCCUGGGCAGAGCCGUCCAGGGCGAGCCAAGUGGAAGGUCCUCAGGGGAGAGCUAUGGGCUCUGCAUCCGUCCUGCGACCCCCAACUAUAGGUUGGGAAUGCCACUGGCAAGUCACAUGGGCUGAGAUGGGGGCACCUCUUCUGCGUGCCAGCCGGUCCCCAGGGGCAUGCAAGGGUGGACAUGAGAGGGCACAAGAGCAUGUGGAUAGUGUGGGUGCAUGUAUGUAUGAGUACAUCCAGGGGACAGCCCCUUGGUGGGAAAGCUAUGCAGGGGCCCCAUUUCUGUCACUUGGGAGGUGACAGCCCUCCUGAGGACUCCAGUCCCCUGGUCCCAGCUCUGAGAUUGUCCUGAAUGGGGGGCAAAGUCUGGUCCCUGAGUCUGCCAUGGGCCCCCCUCCGGGGCUGCAGUCUCCAUGACAUCCCUGAACCCAAGCAGUGCACACAGGACCAGGACAGGGCACCCAAAGGGUCACGGGCCUAAUGAGCAGAGCUGGAAUAUGCUGGCUGUGGCCCCUGCACAGCCCUCUUGAAGGAAGACUCUUGGGGGAAACAGGAAGUGAGGAACAGCCAGAACAUUGGAGAGAAAUAAAGCCAAAGAUGCCCCAAACAGGUCCCUCAGCUUCUCCCCCUCCCGGCUCACAGUGUCUGAGGGGGCCAGCGCCACCUUCACCUGCAGCUUGGCCAGUAUGUCAGAAGACUUCGUGCUGAACUGGUACCGCAUGAGCCCCAGCAACCAGACCUACAAGCUGGCUGCCUUCCCCAGAGACCACAGACAGGACCCCCGCUUCCAAGUCACAAAGCUGCCCAAUGGGCACGACUUCAGCAUGAGGAUCAUGGCCACACAGCGCAAUGACAGUGGCAUCUACCUCUGUGGGGCCAUCUCCCUGCCCCCCACAGCGCAGAUCACAGAGAGCCCCCCUGCAGAGCUCACGGUGACAGAGAGAGAUGUGGAAUCUCCCACAUCACAUCCCAGCCCCUCACCCAGGCCAGGAGGCCAGUUCCAAAACCUGGUGGUGGUUGUCACGAGUGUCCUGGUGGGUGUCCCAGUGCUGCUACUACUGGCAUGGGUUUUGACCACCGUCCGUCCCACAGCCACUCAAGGGGCCAGAGGAGCCCGAAGUGCCGACCAAACCCUGAAGGAGGACCCCUCAGCCAUGCCUGCAUUCACCGUGGACUAUGGGGAGCUGGACUUCCCGUGUCGAGAGAAGACCCCAGAGCCCCCCGCUCCCUUGGUCUCUGAGCAGACAGAAUAUGCCACUAUCGUCUUCCCCAACGGGCUAGGCAUCUCGUCCCCAGGCCACAGGGGCUCAGCUGACAGCCCUCAGGAUCCCUGGCCUCUGAGGCCCGAGGUUGGACACUGCUCUUGGCCCCUCUGACCAGCUUCCUCAGCUGUCAGCAUCCUUCAGAUCCUCUGCUAGGAGCCCAGGGUAGGCACCAUCCUUGGAGCAGGGUGUGAGGGUUCAGAGUGCCCAGGGCCUGAGCUACGGGGAGACGUCCCAGACCUGAGCCAGCACCACCACAGGACUCUGCAUUAAUGCCAUUGUGAGCCUGGACAGCGGAGUCACUAUCCCUUGCAGCGAGGGCCUGAGGCAGCCACUAUUUCAGGCUUUAUUGGGACAGAGCUGGAGCCUGGGUCUCCCGAACCACAGCUGGUAUGCAGAGUGGGCUCGCAGUGCCCUGGCCCCCACCAUCCCCCAGGACCUGAAGACUGAUUUAGAACAACCCAGUGAGGCUUCUCAUACAGAGGAAGGUCCAGGGACACACUGGACACUGGGCCUGAAGCUGUCCUCAAGGGGUGGGAAGUGCGUGGGCCAGGAGUUCUCCAGGGCCCACACGGGGGUGUUGGGGAGUCCAGACGAGCUCCUGGCUGUAUGGGUCCUGGGUCCCCCAUACCUGAGCCUUCCCUACUUCCUGCUGCUCAAGACAGCACCAUGGGUUGGGGUAGGGGGCUGGCUGUGGCCCCUGCAUGCUAAGGCCACAGGGGUGAGGGGUAGAGGUGCAAGCACCCCAAGGCCCCUCAUGUCCAGGCUGGGGGGGUGGGGCUUUCUUUGCUGGGCACUCACAGUGCCAUUUGGGGGUCUUGGCUGGGCUCCUUCCAGGGUGGAGUGAGGUGGUGCAAGUGACUCCUGGAUAGCAAGGUCUGAUUACCCUAUGACCGGUGUCCAGGUUGCCCAGUGGCCAGCUGUGUGGGGGCACUCAGGAGCCCACACCCUUGGGUUCUGUUAUAGAUUAAAUGUGAAGAAAGCUCUGAGUUCUGUCCUCCCUGAAGAGUUCUGUUGUAGUGGGAGUGAGGAGGGACUCAGGGAGGAUGCCAGCCAGGUAGAGGCUGAGCACAAGGUUGGUGGCCACCUCCUAGAGCCUUGACAGAGCCAGGCCCUGCUGCUCACUACCCUAGAAGUCUCAGGCUCUCCUACCCCAACUUGUCUGGCCCACACACACAUAUAGCCCCGCCAGGUGUGAGAUCCCUCCAACUUCAGGGGGUGUCGAGCACAUGGUCUCAUGUCCCUCUGCCCCCAGGCCACCUUGGCCUGAUCUGGGGCAACACCUGAGCAGCUGUGCCCAUGUCUGGGCCUCUCCAGCUCCCACGUCCCCAUCAUCCCCAUCAUAAGGAGUCCCCCCAGGCAGACCUGUGACCUGGUAUGGGGCCUUCACAGCAGGGUGGUGGGUGGGCUACACCAGGGAGGGGCACACCUGCUGACACCCCAUCACUGUGUGAGGUCCUCAGCUAUGCCAGACACCCCUCCCCAGCCAACACCCGGUCCCUCCCCUGCCCCAGACCCUGGAGCCCCAUCCUGGGUAAGACAAGAAGUAGAGGCACCAAGUCUACAUCAGGGACAAGGCAAGAAGGAAUAAAGGUUCUGGAGAUGCCAGGCGAGAUCAGGCACAAGGAAAAACCACCCUCGCCCAGGGCAGGUGGUAUGAGUUUGCCCUCCUGGAAAACACAACAGGUCUCACAGAAGAACGCCUACAGGCAAUAAGAAAAUCUGGUAGAGCAGCAGAUAUAAAACUAACAUCCAGAGGUAAAUGCCUUUCAUGUACUCAGAUAAUAACCAGUGAGAACAUGAAGUGGCAGGAAAUGUUCCACCGAGAACAGCAAGAGAUAAAACACUUGGGGCAUAAACUGAAUGAUAAACAGGCAACCCAUAGAAGUGGGGCUCUGACCAUCCCAGGCAAACGUGGCACUUGGCUGUGUGAUCUAAAGUAAAACUCUAAACCCUUGCUGACUGGACAGACCCUUUCUUGGCCAAGAGGAUCCCAGAAAAUCCUCAACACCAAAUUCUUGGCAAUGAAGGGGAGAGGGGUUGGGCACCGCAGACAAUAAGUACUAAAUAAUUAACAGGCCCUCGGCCAUGCAAGGCAAAAGGUGAAUCACCUGCAGACCACCAGUGUGUUCAGCAGACGACUGAGUCAGACCAUUGUGGCUUGUCUCUGAUUAGCAGACUUCCUUCUAACUUAAAACAUUGCAAGCCUUCAAAUGAAGCUUUAUUUCUUUAGCCAAUUACAAAUCAAAGACUCUCUGAACCCACCUGUAACCUGUAAGCCCCCACUUUGAGAUGCCCUGCCUUUUGGGACCAAGUCACUGUACACGUUCCAUUUAUUGAUUUAUGAUUUUACCUAUAAUUACUGUCUCCCUAAGAUGUAUAAAAACCACACUGUAGGCGAGGUGAGGCCACUUGCUCAAGACUUCUUGGGUGUGGGUCUUGGGGUCAUAUAUGUAAUAUUUGGCUCGGAAUUAACCUCUUCAAAUUAUUUUGCAGUGUUUGGGGAUUUUUUUCUGUUAACCAUUAUUAUGAGGACUCAACUUCACAGACAUGUCAGUUCUUCCUACUUUAUAGAUUUAGCAUCAUCUCAAUAAAAACCCAUAUUUCUGGAACUGUAACAUUCAAUGGAAAAAAAUAAGCCAGCAACAUCCAAGAAAACAUGCAAAGAAAGUAAAAGAAGAGUAGCCCUAGGCCGGGCACAGUGGCUCACACCCUGGAGGCUGAGGUGCCUGAGCUCACAAGUUCGAGACCCACCUAAGCCAGACCCCCCUAUCUCUAAAAAUAGCUGGGAAUGGGGGGGGGGUCACAUGUCCCAGCUACUUAGGAGGCUGAGGCAAGAGAAUCACUUGAGCCCAAGAGUUUGAGGUUACUGUGAGCUAUGACACCACGGCACUCUACCAAGGGCAACAAAGUGAGACUCUGUCUUAAAAAAAAAAGAAGAGCAGCCCAUGAGAUGGAUACUCACUGUGAUGAAAGCAGGGCAGUGUUAGCACAUGAAAAUCAGGUCCAGCCAGUCCCUGUGACCCAAACCAGUGGGAGAAAGAGAGAUUCUAAUAGGUGGGUGUAGGGACAAUGCCAGCCAUUCUGAAUAAGUUGGACUCAACCAUGAUGUGCAUUCAUUCAUCCCAAAUCCAGCAGAGAAGCACAAGUAAAUGUUCCCCUCAUGACAAGGAAGUAGGUAAAAACCUUUCUUACUAUUUAAGAGUUAACCAUCCAAAAGCCAUUAAAGAACAGACCAAUAGAUUGAACUCCAUAAAUUAGAAAACAAAAACUUUAACAUGGCAGAAAAAUUAUCUAAGCACACUGGGGGGAAAUGUUUGCACUGUAAUACAGAGAAUAUUCCAACUACAUGAAGACUUCAAAAUCUGGUACAAUAGACAGUGAACAGGAACUGUAAUCAGAUAGUUCACAAGAAAUAUGUGUGUGUGCAUAUAUACCUGUGUCUAUGCAUGUGUGUACAUACGUGUACAUGCAUUUGUGUGUAUAUGUGUGUGCAUAUAUUUUAAACAAUGAAAGGAUGUUUGAUUUUAUUCACACUAAUAAAACACA